ACACACACACACACACACACACACACACACACACACACACACACACCCAUACACACACAAACAAACUCACGCGCACACUAAUAAAGCAAUAAUAGCCUAGGAGAAUUGAUAUUUUUUGUUACCAAGAGAGAUAGAAAACCCCGGGUUCAACUGUAUAUUCGCACGUCACUAACGAGAAUCUGACGUGAGAAUAGCUAACGCUUUAUCACUAGGUACAUCGUGCGAAUACAAGUGUUUUGAUAAACACGGAAGGUUAUCAUCAUCCAUUAUUUCACAACAGCAAGAUCCGCAAUGGCGCAGCCCGUGCUCAGGGACAGUGGGCACAGGAUAUUAUUCCUUCACUGUGUUUUUUGUCUUGUACUUUUUCCUUCAGUUCAAACAGCUGUAGAGGCUACAAAGAUUAAUGAGCAUGGUUUCAGUACAUUCAGGCAUAAAACACUGCAUUUCCCACCAGCUGAGAACGAACGCAACUCCAACUUCCUGACCGUGUCUGUCUCUCAAGAAUUUCAACUGUCGGGAUCGAAAAUCGAGAAGAUUUUCUAUGCUGAUCUACCAGGUCUAGCUAGAAAGAAAAGAAGUACCGGUAGUGAUGAUGUGGACCCACUGCAUCUAACGACAAAGGCUGACCUUGACGAUGCCCACUCGACGAUUGUGGUCCACUGGGUAGGAAGUGGAAGGGACGAGAUCUUCGCUUUAGCCAAGGAUGUAAAUGGUCUUAGCAGUGCUCUGUUCAUUUCGAAGGACUAUGGCAAACAUUUCACGGAUGUCAGCGACCAGCUCAUGGUGAAUGCAUCUGUCAAAGGUGUGAUUGAUUCAUAUUACGAUGUGAAUGCUUUCAAUUAUAUGUACAUGUUUGCUGACGUCAAGCAUGACUGCGUCUUCACCUCUGUGGACACGGGCUCCACGUUUGAGACGUUCUGCCAUCUGCCCUUCAAGCCUCGUACCAUCAAACUCUACCCCAGCAACCCGAACUACGUUUUGGCGAUGGAUGAUGAAGAUCCUCUUGGACGACUCUAUUCCUCGAUAGACUUUGGCCGUUCUUGGGAACUGGCUUUCUCUCAUGUCAAGUCUUUCCACUGGAGUGAAUCCAGCCAUGACCAAGAGCUCACUGUGUAUAUGGAGAAGGAGGUUGGAGGUCACUUGAAAGAGAUAGUCCGGUGCAGUCGAACUGACGAAGGGUGGUUGGCCAGUGAGGUGUUGCUCUCGAACGUCGUGGAUUUUGAGAUGCGUGACGAGUAUUUGUUUGCGACCAAGUCCGUUAGGCUGCUGGGAUUGAAGUCGAACCCAAACCUUCAGUUAUGGGUCUCUCAUAACCGUGGCUCGUUUAUGAAGGCUCAGUUUCCUGUCAGCUUUAACAUCACAGAUUUCUAUGUGGCGGACACCUCGGAGGGUCAGGUGAUGGUCUGCGUCUCGCACAACUCCUCUUACACCAACCUGUACAUCUCGGAGGUCAACGGGUACAGGUUUUCUCUGUCCUUGGAGAAGAUCGUCUUCUUCAACCCGAGAAGUGAAAACCCCCUGGGCUUGAUCAGAUUUUACACAAACAAAACAUUUGCGGACAUCAAGAAGUUGAGUGGGGUGGAAGGCGUAUACCUGGCGUCGCAGCAGAUCGGCGAUGAAUUAGAUGUCGACACACAGCGUACGCUGGUCACGUUUGACAAAGGCGGUCGGUGGCAGCCUAUCCCACCUCCGGAGGAAGUGCUGAGCAAAAACCGAAAUCGCUGUUCUGCUCGUAACGCUCAUGGUAUAAGAACAGGGCAGGGUUGGUGAUCGCAUCUGGCAUGUUGGGAACCUCACUGAACGCUGACGCUGACGUCUUUGUCUCGUCCGAUGCUGGUUUCAAGUGGAGAAUGGUUCUCUCCGGCAACUACUUCUACAACUUCGGUGACCACGGAGGUGUUAUCAUCGCUGCCCAUCAGUUUAUACCGACGAAUGAAAUCAUAUACUCCAUCGAUGAGGGUGCCACAUGGCAGCAGUACCGAUUCCUGCAUGAACAGAUUCGUGUGUAUGGCAUACUUACUGAGCCAGGGGAAAAAACCACAACGUUUUCAAUCUUUGGAUCCCAGACUUCACACCAUAGUUGGAUAAUAUUACAGAUCGAUUUCCGUGAUAUUUUUAAAAACAAAUCCUGCAGCCCGAAUGACUACAAGAUGUGGUCAGCCAGUUACGACUUGAUGAAGGAAGGCUGCCUGAUGGGCCAUUUGACGGAGUACCAAAGGAAGAUCGCCAAUGCUGCUUGCUACAAUGGCCAGGGAUUUGUCCGAGAGGUUCAGAAGAAAAACUGCUCCUGUACCAGGGAGGACUUUGAGUGAUAUCGUAAAGUGUCAGGCGAUACAUGCCAAGGGGGAGAGGCACAUAAAUUUGCACCUUUGCUGUAUUCCUGCCCCGUUCGUGAAAAUCUGUUUCUCCCACAAUUCAACUGUUGAUUCGGAGGACAGCCUCCAUGGGGAUUUGGGAGAGGGUGUGCUUACGGGCAUGGACUACGACUGGACAGCACGGGUCCUCUACUUGACCAGCGCUGCAGGGAAUGAGGUUCGGGUCCUCCAUUCGGUAAACAGUUUCACCAAGACGAUUUAUGACUCCAGCAACGGGGUUUUCCAGCCCAGGAGAAUUUUAGUGGAUCCUCACCACGGGUAUCUGUUCUUCGUUGGGGCCAUGUCGGCUGGCAGCUCAGAUUUUGGAAUUUUCCGUGCCGUGAUGGACGGCUCGGACAGCAAGGUCCAGCUACUGGCCAACAGCUCUGUCGUGUCGCAGGCCACCACAAUGGCCUUUGACCUCUCUGUGGAGAAGCUUUACUGGGUCACACCAGAGAAGAGGUCUAUUUUUAGCAUGGACAUGAACGGAGAUAAGAAUGAAGUGAGCAAAGUGUACUCCAACUGGUUUCUGAAUUCGGCUUCGGGCAUCGCUGUGUAUAAGCAGAGGGACUUCUACAUCUCUUGCUCCGACACGACCAGCCUGAGAAGGGUGAAGGAGACUUGGAGGGGCUGGGAGGAUGUGGUGCCGGAUGUGAACUUUGUGGCCAGCAUGAGGCUUGUCUCCAACACCUCCCAGCACGCCGUGAGCGCUUGCAAUGAAUUCCACAUGCGCUGCUCCCAGCUCUGCCUCCCGCGGCCCACGCCCAACCCGUCGGCCUCCACCCAUCACCAGAAUCGAACCUGUGCCUGCGGGGACGGCUACCGCAAGAGCCUCCAGCCAUCAGCGGCCCCCGGGGGGAAAGGUCCGCAGGACGAGACGUGUCUGUGUGGCAACGGGGAAACAAUGAUCGAAGAUGGGACCUGUGUCACUGCUGAAAACAUUACUACGUGCGCAACAGAUCACCUGAGAUGCCGUAACGGCCACUGCGUGCUGGCGCUCUGGAAAUGUGACGGUGAUGACGACUGUGGCGACUUUUCUGACGAGAUUGACUGCCCUCUUAGGUCAUGUGGCAGCGACUCCUUCACGUGCCGGACGGGACGGUGCAUCCCGUUCAGCUGGAAGUGUGACCGGGAGGACGACUGUCGGGACGGUUCGGCUACCGAUGAACAGAAUUGUGAAAACCAAACAUGCUCGUCUGAGCAGAUGCGCUGUAACAACGGCUACUGUGUGAGCAAACGUUUCCGCUGUGACAAGGACGAUGACUGCUUGGAUGGUACAGAUGAAGAAAACUGCAGCUACAACACCACUUGCUACUCGUGGGAGUUCCAGUGCGCCAACCUGCAGUGUGUAGACUCAUGGUUCCACUGCAACGGUCACCCCGACUGCGACGAUGGCUCAGACGAAACAGACUGCGACCCCCCCAGUAACUGCACCAACACACAGUUUGCCUGCGAGACUGGAGACCAGUGCAUCUUCAACAGUUUCCACUGCGAUGGAAACAGCGACUGCCAGGAUGGAAGCGAUGAGAAAGACUGUGAGAUGACUCCGACAGAGACGACAAGCCCUCAGACCUGUCAGUUUAGAUGUCGUAACUCAUUCUGCAUCGCUUACCACGAUGUCUGCAACGGUUUCGACGACUGCGGAGAUAAUUCUGAUGAGGUGUACUGUUCUGACGUUGUCUACCCAACGCAAGACGUAAUCUCACCGACCACACCCACAAUGCCAAGUCCUGAGGUAUCCUGUGAUAACAACCACUUCCUGUGUCGCGAAGGCCCGGGGUUUGUCCGGCACUGCAUCCAUCGCUCCUGGCUUUGUGAUGGCGACAGAGACUGUUACUCUGGGGAGGAUGAAGCCCACUGUCAGACACACAAUGUCACCACUGCCCCAGGCGAUGUGUACUGUCAGAACAGUGGCCGGGUCAUCUCCAUGGGUCAGUUCUGUGACCAGAACGUGGACUGUAGUGACGGCUCAGACGAACUGGGCUGCGAAUACACUGGACAUGUGGACUGCUCCCAUUUCAAUGACCACAAAGACAUCUGCUGUUCAACCAAACAGUGCCAAGUGUACUCCCAACGUCAUGGAUCAAUUUUUCUUUCAAGUGGACGGUGCAGAUCUAAGAACAGCUAUCAUAGAGGGGACAGGAACUCCUGUGAAGGGGUUACACCACAUGAGCCAGAAACGUCCCAGGUCUGCGGAGCACAACAAUUUGAGUGCCGGGGGUACUGGACGUGUAUCUCGUUUGUCCAAGUCUGUGAUCUCAAGAUGGACUGUCCAGACAGGAUGGACGAACGACAAAACUGCGCAUGGUUGAGUCGGAGGUCCCAUUGGCCAACUUGACCUGGGUGCAAGUCAAUGUGAGUAACACACACCUGGAUGUCGUGGAUCUAGUGCCUUACACCGCAUACAGAUUCGUCUUCUUCGAAGAUAAGUGUGCACUGUACAAUCUGUAUGAGAGAACGGAGGAGGGAGUUCCUGCUGCCCCGGAGAAUUUGAAAGUGCGAGUUCACAAUGAAUACAACUUGCUGGGCGUGGACGUGUUGUGGCAGAGGCCUAGUGUGUCACGUGGGGAAAUCCUGCGCUACAAUGUUUACUACCAGGAGAUGGCCCCGGACGGCACCAGUGUGGGAGACGUACAGGAGAAGCUGGUGCCCGCCUCGGCCAUGAGAACCAAUCAUCGGGACUUCAAGACCGUCGUUGUCGACGGCAUCCAUAACGGAAGGAAGUACGACUUCUGGGUGGCGGCUGUGAACCACAAGGGCAUCGGGAAGUCCUCCAGCAAGGUCAACAUCACAGUGUCGGACAAGAUCCCGCUCUCUGACCUCAAGGUCAAAGUUGCCAAGCUGACGGACAGUUUUGUGAACUUGACCUGGGUCAAGGACAACAAGGCCACUGGCUUCAAAGUCACAGUGCACAUGGAGGAGCGAGGCAGCAGAGUUGUCUCGCUGGAGAAGACGGUCACAUGGCACAAGGUGGACAAGCUGUGCCCAGGCUCCAGCGUACAGCUAGAGGUGCAGGCGGUGUACCCUAAGGGUGUGGUGGGGAGGCCCAACUACCCACGCACGAGCCAGGGUGGGGGCUGGCUGGUCAUGCAGGGAGUGGCUCCUGUUGUCCACAUUGAGUCAGUCAACAUGACAGGCUCCACAUCCGCCAUUGUCCACUAUCACCAGCAGGCCGGGACCAUUCCACAGCACUACAACAUCUACUACUCCACGCGUGCGGUGGGCCGUGAGAGCCUGGUGGAGCCGCACGUCUUCAAGACAAGUGCCAGCCACAGCUUUGAGCUGCAUGGCCUGCUGGCCUGUGAGAGCUACUUUGUGGCUGUGCAGCCCGACCUGGGCUCCUGCCCGCUCUCCGACUUCAAGCGAUUGGUCACGCAGGAAGAUGAGUCGGCCGCACCAAAGCACCUGAAAGGUCAACUGAAGAAAUUUGAAAGGUCGUACUCUGUAACCCUGACGUGGUCAGCUCCCUGCUCUCACGUUCCGGUGCCUGUUAGAUACCUGCUGCAAAUCAAGAUGGGUUCUUCAAGUGCCAACAACUUUGUCACUCCAAAAGCCACCAAUGAGUCACAUCUUUCUUAUGUGGUGAAACAGGUGGUCAGCGGGGAGACCUACAGGUUCACGGUGCGCACCUAUGUGGCCGGCUCUCAAGAAAGUCACCCGCUUACCAUGACAAUCCCCGAGCUUGGGGCCAUCAGCGACGUCCAGUUUGCGGUGACGGGCGUGGACAGUCUGUCCAUCUUCUGGAUUUGGCCUCAGAAAGACACGCAAAACUUUAAGGAGUACAUAGUGUCCACCGUUGACCAGAGCAGGAUCUUCAGCUGGGCCAACCACACCUCCGAGUCUCACAUUGACCUGUCUGACCUCCCGGUGGACCGGGUCUUCAACAUCCACGUGAAAGCCAUGUCCAAAGAGGACACGGUCCUGGCCGAGUCGCACACAAAAGAGUUCUCUUUUCUCUCACAGCCGGGGGCCAGUCGCCAAGAUGACGACUCGGUGUCCAUCAAGAAGACAAAUCUGGUGGCUAUCCUGGUGCCCGUGGGCGUGGUGGUGGUCCUCUUGAGUGCCGGCCUGGUGGUUUUCAUUGUGAGGCACAAACGACUGCAGCGCAGCUUCCUGGCCUUUGCCAACAGCCACUACAACAUUCAGUCGGGCACCACCACCUUCUCCGAUGAUCUCGAUGGAGAUGAGCCGCUCAUCCAGGGCUUCUCAGAUGAUGAACCUCUGGUCAUUGGCUAAUGGUCAGAGAGGGGAGGUGUCCAGAUAUUGCCAGGUUUUUGCAGGGACUUUGCUGUGUCAUCCAAUAUGAUUCCUUCAGAUCUCUGGAACUUCAGGGUUUGAACCACCAACCCUAUCACUGUGGGCCCAGAGUCUUAUUGGAGCAGCCACCAGCUGUUUUUGUUGUUUCUGCAAUAACCUCGCAUUUCAUUCAAACUUUGUUUCCUUAAAAUUUGUUUUUUUUUAAUUAUUACAUGAUUCAACAAAGGAUAUGUUAUCUAUCUAUCUAUAUAUUUUAUACAAUGUUCAUUCCAGUGUGUUUCCUCUUUUUCUGUUGACUUUAGUUGUCCAACUGUAGGGCACCAGAUUCUAUCUCAGAUUUCGGAGCGUUGAUGUUGAUUCUGUACAAGUGGACGUCUCUUCUUCGAUGGGAACACACCGCUUGAAAUGUGUUUCCCUUGCCUUGUGAUUUCAUGGGUUUAGUUUUUGUUCGGCUGGACCUUCAGUGUCAAGUCCAAGCUAACGAGACCCGGACAGAACGUGUAUUAAGUUCGGACAAAAAGAUUCUACUCUUAAGUCAGAGACAUUGUGGAAAGUAAGUGCCCACUUACUCCUCCCUAUUUUGUAAAUUGUAAAUUGAAAGAAAAAAGAAGUGAAACCCAACUUUUGAAAACAUUUGUGCAUGGUAUGGAAGAAGUUGCUUACUGUAGACAUGUGCCUGGCACUGGACUAAGGAAUGUCUUUCCUAUUUUUAAAAAAAAUUGUAUUUGACUGUUGUCACUCUUGGGAUUUUGUAAGUUAUUAUUGUUUACAAGAAACUCGUGUUGUUUUUCUGCCUUUCAAGUUACCUCUCAGACUCCAGUAGUAGGACUUGAACGUUCCACUAAAACUUGUUGUUGUUGUUUCUUAUGGAUAUUUGUUCCAGAAUCUCAAAGGAAACUUAGAGACCCAGUCGACUGUCUUAUUUUGAUGGAAACUCUGGCUUGGCUAGAAAAUGAUCUGAAACACAGAAAAAAUGUGAAAUGAUUUCAGAAAAUCCAUGGAAGUUGCGGAGAAUAUUUUUAAUAUAUAGGAACAAACUUGUGGAGAAAUCGACUUGCCAGGACUAAAAGUGGAAGUGAUAAAGCAAGUGUUUUAUCCAGAACGUUCUCCUGUGGGGCCAUUCUGUCAUUUUUCCCCAGUUGGAAUCUCAACGAGGGUUUGAGAAAAGUAGUUCCAUGUAUGUAUGAGUUAGUGAAAGUUGGUGAAACCUCUGGCUACCAUCUCAUCUUUGAAAAGUUCUAAUUUCUCAUGUUUUUAUAGUAAAGACAAAUUGUUUCGAUAUUAACCCUCUCCGUUCGCCCUGGGGUCUUUUUGUACCCCCGGGGUUGUAUUCUUCGCAUUUUAGAAUACUUCUAGUAUGAAGAUCUCUUUGAAACGUUCUGUAUUUUUCAAAAAAUAAUUUUGACAGACUGCUAUGCAAAGCGUAUGGAUCGGAUGAAUGAGUUAAUUUCCGCUUUGGAAAGUGGUGGCGCAGAGUUUCCCAUGUCGUAUGGAUACGAUAGUAAAACACGACGUACGGAUAGGGUUAAGCAAACUGCUCUGAAAACGUAUUGAAAAAUGGAGAUACUUAUGAAAAGGAAAAUGUACAAAUGUGUUAGUUUUUUUGUUUUUUUAAUAUUUGCGUUGCCUCUCAAAUAGCUCUCUUUACUCAUAUAUUCGUCCAUUUUGCACCUUUCACAGAAGUAAAAAAAUGAAGUUUUGGUUUUUACCAAAUAUGUGUACAGCUUUGGCCCUGCCUCUUAAUUCACUCCUGCAGAAAACAAAAGCUAUCUUCCUAUGAUAAGUUGCAGGCUACAAAUGCAUGUGAAAUCUAGUUAUUUAAACUCGCUCAAUUGGCACGGUGUACCUGUUUUGUUAAGGGAGCACCACUCGUUCUUCACAUCCAGAUCUUGCAGCCUCUGGGGAAUGGACGCUGGUGAUUCUUGUUCUCCCACCACAUGUGGCACGACGUGGCGGAAUCAGGCACUCGUCAAUUUUUUUUAGCAUAUUGAGUUAUUGGUAUCAUCUUUGAUUUUGCCAUGCAAGUUGGGUAACUGAUCAGGCUUUCAAUUUAGCAACUAAGAAAAAAUGUCGCCAAAAAUGAAAGAUGUGUUUUGUCAGCUUAAGGCAGCGAAGUACUGAGUUCUUUUUUUCUUGGUCAUAAAGCACAAAUCUUAUAGUUAGCAGAUAUAUAUAUAUAUAUAUACAUACAUAUAAUAUAUACUUGUAGAAACUACUUGUGGUUUAUUAAUUUUAUUUUGUGUGAGACAUUUGUAGCGAGAAUGAAGUUGUAAAGGAGAAAUAUAAUCAACGCUUGUACAAAUAUUACUGUAUUCUACUGUCACUUCAGAGGGAACAGUUUGUUGUACCAUCAGGACAUAUAUCUCAAUGACCACGACCUGAUUGGGAAAAAAAAUUGUGGUGUUAAAUGGAAUCUGGUUUUAGCAUCCACUGUAACAUGAUUCGUUUGUCAAUUAUUUGAAAAUGUGAAAUUGAAUGUUGUUCUAGGGUUUGCCAUGAUGGUCUGAAAGAGAGCCCUCAACAAAAUACCAGAGAAAAGGAAUUGCUGUGCUUACAGGAAAAAAGGUCAAUAUCAGGUGGUCACUGAGGGUCUUUAUCUCAUUCGCCACAUAAUUUUCUACCCUCCUGGAUGUAAUUUCAUCUGCAGGCAGCACCUGUGUAGCUCAUGUUUAGUUUUGACGUCUAGUUAACCAUUUGAUUUUCAAAGUGUAAUGUAUCAUAUAUUUUUAAAAAGUAAUUAUGUUUUGAAAAAAAACAACCCAUCUGAAUAGCUUGUUCAAAACAUGGAAUAUCCAAAGGUCUGGACUGGAGUAGCUGGAGAGACGCUUCGUCGAGCUGAUGAAAAGGCUCUUCGUAGUGACGAGGAAGAAUACUGAGCUGAUUAGUUGGCUGGUUGUUGUCAAUGAGUUAAAAUUGGUGGGGGGUUCUUUUUUGUGGGGUUUUUUUUUUCCAUUUUGAUGUGGCGCCGAAAACCGCCGAAGUAUAAAUGCAGUGCUGGAGCGUUUUAUUUCCUUGCAUUCCAUUCUCUGGGAAAUACUGAUGUUUUAGGACAUUACUUUUAGGACAAGUGACCAGACGUCAAUUAAUUAUUUUCUUCUCAGUCUCGUCUAAGAACUUAUUAUUAUGUUUCGAAUGGUUUUUUCUUAUUUUUGCAAGCUUUUUUUGCAAACUUUUUUUGCGUAGGGACCUGUCUUCCUGUGAAUACAGGAUUAUGUACAAUAUCUUUUUAUUUCUUUCUCUUUCUUUGUUUGGUGGUGAAGUGCUGAGUCUGUUCAAAACUUACUGCUACUUUGAUCUGAUUUGCUUAUAUGCUUUUUUGGACUGCACUCAUUGAUUUAUUUUUUCCUGUUUUGAAUCUGAACUCAUUGAUGUUUGUAAACAGCCCAAGUUAUCUUUCAGCCUUUGAGUUAUGUACAGAGAUGCCAUAUAUGAUGAUGAUGAUGAUGUUGUUAUUCUGACUGUAAAACGUGAAUGUUAUUUCUUAUAUAUUGGAUGCUUUUUUAUUUAAAUAUUGUUAUUGCUUAUUUUAUAUCUUUGCCCAACUAAACAUUCCAUGUUUUGGUUCUAGUGACAGUUACUAAACCUUUGGCUCAACUUUGACCGUUGUCUGUUUGAUCUGUGAGCAGAAGGCAUAAUAAUGUUGUCAGGACAGGGGGGUACCAGGUUAAGGUUCGAAUACAUACAGUGCUUCAGCAAGACUGUCACUGGUGUGGGUGCUUGGCGGGUACUCUGGUAUUGUUUGCUCCUUCUUUCCUAUCAAACAUCUAUUGUCCAUAUCUUUCCUCCUUCUUUUUUGUGUUAAGACCUCUAAUCUUUGGGACAUAUAUGAUCUUAUUGUGUUGAAAGUGCCGUAAAACUUUUACUACAACUGUCACUGGCCGGUCCGAUUGCUACUGCUUUGUCUGUGUUAGCUGUGAAGUAGAUCCUGUGACUAGUUUUGUUAGGUAUUAAACUCUUCGUGUCACUUACCACCAAAUCUAAGUCUUUAAAAAAAUGUAAAGUUUUUACUUGAUUGUAGAAAAUAUUAGAAUCAAGAUAGUGACAGCCUCCGCAGAACUUUUUCUAUUCAGAAUCAGAAAUUUACUACACGACACGUUUUAAGAUAUGCUCUCCCGUGUUCAUCACUAUCUUUGCCACCUGCUGUCAUUGACACCAGUCCACUCUUGAAUAGACCAAAAAAUUAUGUAAUGUAAGAGAAUUCUCUGCUUGUAGUGCUUUCCUUGGUACUAAAUGUCAAAGUUGUUAGGAGUUAUUAUAGUGUGGUAAAAAAAUUCGUGAUGUAACUUAUCCUCAAAUAUCUCUUUAACGGGUGAAUCAAUGUCAUCCAUACUUUUCCUAGCAGUUUGUAUCAAAUUGUCUUAUACGAUUGGAGCUAGAGUAAAAAACUUUUUUUUAUAAAUUUAUAUAAAAUACUUGAAAUCUCUGUCACACUUAAAAUGGUAUUGUUCACAACACUUCCCGCUUCUCACCCACAUUUUGAUUACACACAUGGCCUACGUCAGAGCUCUUCAAAGACAAUUUUUACUUGCAAAACUUGUUCCAGAAAUUAUUGUUAUAGUGAACACAUUUUUGCACUAAUGGUUCUCAUAACAUGCGUUUAAUAGCGUAAUGUCCCGAUUAGAAAAACCUGACGAACUUACUAUUAAAAGCUAUAUUUACUCCAGCUGUAAACAUUAAAAAAUCUGUAGAAACCACCCACUUGGAUUUUUUAUUAGUAUUUAUUAAGGAAUUUUCUAGAAUAUGCUUACAGGUGUUUACAAAAUGUUGAUCUGUUGAGACAAAUUGAUACAAGUCACUGUGCAAGAAUUAGAGAACCUAUGUUCGAUAGUUGAGGAGAUAUUUGAAAAUAAGUCGCUCCCGAAUUUUUGACCACUCUCUAGUUUGAUCACCAGCAGAAAGGCCUGUUCUUGUGUUGGGAAGAAAGAUAUAACGUGGAUAUUUUUCUGUUGUUAAAAGCAUAACUUAGAACAACUGAAACAAUAGUCUUUAACAUUAUAUGACCUUAUUGUGUUACAAGUGCAGUAAAAUUCUAACAAAAAUUAACGAAAAAAAAGCCCCAACCAAACUUUUCACCUACAUUCUCCCCCCGUCAUAUUACACUCCAUACUGAACGCUGGUGCUAACUGGUGCAUUGUACAGUUUUUCUCUCUCUUUACAUUUUUCUCUUCAUGAUGAGUGAACUCACCAACUCAGCUUGUCUUACAGAUCCCUGCUAGCAUAAUUCUGCAGCCAGAGGGUUGGUGGGGGGCAGGGGGAGGAGGAGAGAUAUAUUUGUGUGUGUGCCUGGAGAAAGGUCCCAGUUGUCUGCAAAGCUAUUACUAUUUUUAGGUUUUUGAGUAAUGAGGUGAUUUAGUACCAUCAGAAAACAACACUUGACCGUAUCUCAAGGUAUUGAAAGGGUUUUAGCAUCUUUUAAGUCUAAAUAUUUUUUAAUUAAUUAAUUUUGCAACAUGUACUUUACCAAAGGUUAAAAAUUCGCUAAGAAUUGGGUCAACAUUCUCAAGUUAAAGCCAUUUUUCUCCAAGCUUUGUUUUUAUACCCUGUAUUACAAAAUGUGGGUGGAUGGUUGGCGUGUGCUCUGGUGUGGUUUGCUCCUUCUUUCCUAUCGAGCAUCUAUUGUCCUUAUCUCUCCUCCUUCUUUUUUAUGUUUGUUACUCUCUUGUAACACCUCUAAUCUUCAACAUUUAUACGGCCUUAUUGUGUUGCUAGUGUUGUAAAACUUUUACUAAAACUAAAAAACAAAGUGUGGCACAUCUUUAAAACUACUCAAAAUAUUUGAAAAAUACCAGCAUGUUCUGCAUUGAAUUUGCUACAAGAAUAUGCCUUUCUUUCAAUUAUAUCCAACAUUUCUGACAACUGGGACCUUUGUCCAGGCACACACAUACACAUUUUAUCUUGCAUCUCUGAAUUUCUCUUGGAAUAGAUUUGCCUCAUAUAGCCAAGAUUAGCCUCUGUAAGCAGGCGCUAAAAAGUCUACAUUUUGCUAUCUAAAGUGUGUUGGUUUGGCCUUGAAUUCAAAACGAAAUGACUGCUUGGUGUAAGACUCUGCCAUUCGCUUUUUUCAAAAGUGAAGUAUGAGUUCCACUUUGAGCAGCCGAUAAGCACCACAUACAGUCAGGCACCGAUAGCCCAAGAAAUGGGGCAGGUUUGUUGCCCGAGCACUCCACCACAAAAAAAGUUAUCUUCCUAUGAUAAGUUGCAAGCUGGAAAUGAAUGUGAAAUCAAGUUAUUUUAACUCACUUAAUCGGCAUGGUGUACCUGUUUUGUUAAGGGAGCACAACUUGUUCUUCGCAUCCAGAUCUUGCAGCAUCUAGGGAAUGGAUGUGGUUGGCUUUUCAGUGUAUGAAGGGCCGUCAUACAUCACUUUUGACAACGGUGUGUCUCGUUGUGUUGCACCAAGCAGUGGAUGUGGGCCAGUGUGUAGGGGCUGAGGCGUCCCAAUGCCUCUGUGAAGGAAGGGGAGCAAAGAGAAUGUUGCUAUUGCUCUUUUGUAAUCUGUGGAGUGUAGAUUGACCAUAAUUUAAAUCAUGAGGACCACUCUUGUGCUUGAAAAAAGGUGUAAAUUACCUGUGGAGACAGAUUGGUUUAGGACUUGGGCAGUGGUUUGAAUGAUGUUUGUGAUGAAUUCUGCAAUACUGAAGUCUUGACAAUUUUCUGGCAUGCCUUUUAAGUCAAAUUAAGUUGUGUACUUUCAAGAACUCCAACACAAUAUGGGUUUUCUGCUUUUCCAUACCUUGCGUCACUGAUGUAGCAAGGUAGACCCUCUGCCAAUGCAUGAAGGAGGUGGAAGUUCGAUUCGCGUGCGGGGAGAAUAUAUAUUAUUUUCAUCUUUCUGCUGAGGGUAUGUUUUAGCUUUCCAGUACACCGCAGUCUCACAGGUUUGAUAAUGUGAGACAUUUUCUGGUUUUUCUUUUUUCUCAGAAAACAGCUUGUGAAUUUCUUAACUGUGUGUCCAAUAUGAAAAUGUGUCGGGACACCUUGGAAUUAGGCGCUCAUCAAUUUUUGGGCAUAUUAGCGUUAUGGCGUUACUGAUAAAAUCUUAAAUCCUGUUCAUUUGCUUUGGUUAUGAUAAAAAAAAGGCACCCAUCUGUCUUGAACAGAAGGUGAGUCAUUUGCAAUUGAGGGAAAUGGGGGUCAUCUGGUGUCAGAAGUAAAAUUAGUGAGAAAACGGCUGCCAAAGUUUAAGGAUUUCCAAAGCUGUAGUGACAUGGAAAUUGCAGUUUUAUAUUUUCUUCUGUCUUUGAUCAAUGUCUUUCAGUUAAAUCCACUUAGAAAUUUAUUGUUCAAUAGUCAUAAAAGGUGUUGAGCCCUUAACAAAAAAUUGGAUAAAAAUUUCUCAACGGGCAUAGAAAUGUUGGUUCCUUCAAUUUUAGUAUUUUGAUGAGCUCCCUUUUUCACCGCAAUGCCCCACAAAUUUGUUUUCAAUUUCAUUUGAGUAGGUUUUGGAAAUCUCGAGUGCUUUAUGUGAAUAUGUAAACGAUCUGAUGAUGUGAUGAAAAUGCUUUACUUUUUGGCUCCUUGUUGACUUUGCUGUUUGCAAGAGCAAUCUUGUUUUGUGAAGAAUCUUGAAAUUUUGUGGUGUCGGUGGCCUUGUGGUUAGGCUUUUGGACUCGCAACUGUAAGGUUGUUUGUUCGAAUCCCGUCAAGGACUCGAUGUUGUGUCCUUGGGAAAGACACUUUACACAAAUUUUCCUCAUUUCACCCAGGUGGGAAUGGGUACCCAGCUAUAGACAGCAGAAGGUUUUGUCAAAUUGUUCGUGUUUGAGCGCGUGUAAUCCGCAGCUUGCACUGUAUGCUUCCUGGGGAGCCGAGAAUGUUUCUGAGUGUUCCAGGGUCUGCUGGGGUAAUAGUAGUUGCAAAGUGCAUAGAACAUGCUGUAGAGCGUGGUUAUGCACUCUGUAAAUGCAAUUAUUAUUAUUAUUAUUAUUAUUAUUAUUAUUACUACAUUUUUUUGGUCAACUCUCAUCAUGAAUCUCACAUGGCCAUUAUCGCUUUCAAAUUGUGUUGUUCUUCGUGUUAGCUGUUUUUGUUUUUUGUUGUUGCUGGAAGACCCAACAUCAUGGCUUUGUGUGCUUAGAAACUCUGCUCAAUGUAGCUAUUGUUCUUCCAAAGGCAUAAAUAUCAGUGGUGUGGUGGUGAAGGUUUUCGUCUUACUUCCAAAAGAUUACAGUACAAUUUUCUCAUUAACUUUGGGGUGAGGGAGGGGUGGGGGGAUAUUUGGUCAUGUGUGUCUGUAUUUCUUUUGGAAUGUGUCUCACAUUGCCAAAGUUAGCCCCCAACUGGCACGGUCGAAAAAGUCUGCCUGCCUUGAGCAAGCUAGAGUGUGUUGUUUUGGCCUUGAAACAUAACAGCUGCUAAAUGUAUGACUGCUCCAUUCGCCGUUCUGGACCAGUUGACUCACACCAUGCUCCAUUGGGCAUGGAUGACUCAAACACGUUGGGGGUUGAAAAAUUAUGGGAUCAACACAUCCACUUUUCACGUUAACCAAUCACUGAAAAUUCAGUGAGAUUUCAUUCAGGGAAUAGCAAAUUGUACGAGCUGUCCGUCUGUGAUUUUGAGUUUUUCACUUGUGUGUUUUCUGUGUUGGACUGUAUCUGCCGCAAUGGGUCGAAUUGGCCGCUGGUGUAGUGACUACGAUUCGAUUCGGACCAGAGUGACAGAGAACUCGUAGUCUUUGGAAACGGUUUUUUUUUUUUCUUGAAAAUAUUGUUAUUUCUGUGGUGUAGGAGGAUUACUGAUAUCUCACCCUGACACGUCAUCACAGACCAACCUUGAUUUUGUUCCCCUAUUUCUCUUUGCUCAGAAAGUAAAUGUUUAGCCAUGUAUUGAUUGUAAAGCGCUAAGAGUAAGAGCUUGCCGUUGAGUGGGAAUUUUAGGCUAUAGAAAUGCUGUUUAUUGUUAUUUCUAUUAGUAUUAAUAUUAUUAGGCCUACUUACCUCAUGAUUAUACAUAUCAUUUCUUUCUUGGAAUUGUUUACUGUAAUUGUCUUGUACUACAGCUGAAAUUGUGUCUAUUUGUACUCUUGCAAUAGACGUUGUUUUUUCUCUUUGCAUCAAAUAAAAAAGAAAACUCUGAACAGUUGAAUGUGCGGGUGUUUAGAGGGCGCCACUGGCAGGUCUCACUUUUCUUUCCCUUUGUCGUUUCUGUCUGUCUUGCUUCUUCCAUGCUUUAUUUAUAUGAUGACUGUCAUUGUGUUGAUGUGAUUCUGUCUUCGCAGACUCAAAAAUUAAACAGUUCAACGUUCA